UAGAGGAGAGAGAGAGAGAGAGAGAGAGAGAGAGAGAACAAGCAGGAAGAAGAAGAAGAUGGCCCAUGUCUCUAAUUAUUGUAAUUUAGUUGAAGAAAGUCUGAAAUAAUGACUUCAAGAUGGGAGAUCUCAACCCCGCAUUCAACACCUUUCGUGUAGAAUAAAAAUGGCUGCCGAGUUUCCUUUGUUACUACAGUCGCCUUCUUCGGUGUCCCAAUAUUAGGCCUUCUUUCUCUCUCCCUCGCCCUUUAAUUUGGGCCCUGGUUUGCUCUCAGUCUCGCCAUCCACUUUCAUCUCAACCGUCGGCGUCAGAUUAUCUCCGAUUUUGGCAUUAUUGUGCAGUGAUUGGUUGCGCAAACCCGCGGCGGCUGCGACUCUUUUGCAAUAACCGCCGUGACGCUGUUUCCAUUGUGGUCAAUUCAGAAAAAUUCGAAGCCCCUCAUUGGGCGUUUCUCGGAUUCAAUUUGUCAUCCUUUCAACUGAUUUUUCGAAACCCUCGCAGAAGGGGAUCUGACUUGGCCUUGAAUGUUUUUGUCGUUUUCCGGUAGCCAUACCUUCUGAAGGUCGUCGUAUAGAUCCAAUUUCAAUCGGGACUCGCGUCUGCAUUUAUUGCCCUUUGCUGCGCUAGCUAGCUCGCUCUCGAUUCGAUUUUGGGGCUGGGAAAGGGAUAUAUAUAUAUAUAUGUUGUUUAUUUAUUUAUACUUCGUAUAAUCCUUUAUUCUGUCUGAUACAGUUAUACUCUUUGUCGAUCGACGAUUGAUGGUUAAGAGCAGAAUGUUGUGUGGGAAUGGGGUGUUCUACCCCAUUGUUGGAUUCGCGUCGUGUGUGGCUUUUAUAUACUUAUCUUUUGGGGAUUUGUGGAUCGACAUGAAUGCUGAUUUGAACCUGAGCUUUGUGGAGAGGAAUGGAACUCAGCUUAUAGUGGAUGGGAAGCCUUUCUACUUUAAUGGAUGGAAUUCCUACUGGAUGAUGGACCAUUCCGUCGAUUUCUCUACCAAACAUAGAGUCAGGUCGAUAUUCAAAACUGGUGCCAAAAUGGGUCUUACUGUUUGCAGAACUUGGGCGUUCAAUGAUGGUGAUUACAAUGCUCUCCAAACUUCUCCUGGUAGAUUCAAUGAAAGAGUCUUCAGAGCACUGGAUCAUGUUAUUGCAGAAGCAAGGUUACAUGGUGUAAGACUAUUGUUGUGCUUAGUUAAUAACUUGCAAGCAUACGGAGGAAAGACUCAAUACGUAAAGUGGGCGUGGGAAGAAGGUGUUGCUUUGAGUUCUUCGAAUGAUUCGUUCUUUUAUGACCCGUCAGUGCGGCGCUAUUUUAAGAAUUAUGUUAAGACUGUUCUAACAAGGCGGAACACAUUGACUGGACUCGAGUAUAGGGAUGAUCCAACCAUCUUAGGCUGGGAGUUGAUCAACGAGCCCCGUUGUAUAACUGACAAAUCCGGCGACACACUACAGGAUUGGAUCGAGGAAAUGUCAACUUUUGUGAAAUCUAUCGACCCCAAUCAUUUAGUAACGGUGGGGCUCGAAGGCUUUUACGGACCUAAAAGCACUAAAAGAUUAACCGUCAAUCCCGAGUGGUGGGCAGCUGAUGUCGGCACUGAUUUUAUUCGCAAUUCGAAAAUUCCAACUAUUGACUUUGCAUCGGUUCAUAUUUACCCCGAUCAUUGGACCCACAAUCCAAAUUUCGAGUAUAAGUUGAAAUUCGUCGCCAAGUGGAUGAUAUCCCACAUCGAAGAUGGAGACAAAGAACUGAAAAAGCCCGUCAUGUUUACCGAAUUCGGAUUGUCCACGGAGAACAAAGACUUCACCCCCGAGCAACGCGACAGGUUUUACAAAGUCAUCCUCGACAUCAUGUACAAAUCUGCCGUGAAAAAAAAGGCGGGCGCCGGAUCUUUAGUGUGGCAGUUCCUCGUGGAGGGGAUGGAAGAGUUUAAUGACGACUUUGGGAUUGUUCCUUGGGAGAGGAAGUCGACGUACAAGCUGUUCACCGAGCAUUCGUGUAGGCUGGCGAGAGUUCAAGGUGCGCUUCCUUCUCAAAUUCGUUACUUGAGUCGACUGUGCACGCAAAGUUAGCUGGUUAAGGUGAAAUCUUGUGAAGAUGACGACGUUGCAGUUUCGAUCGGUUUCUCGUCGUAUAUGCGUCUGAAUCCUUUUUUAGUUUAGAUUUGUCGGGGAGAACUUUGAUUAUACGUACGUGUAUUUGUAUAAUGUGGCUGGAAUUGGAUGCAGCUUAGUUCUGGGAAUCUACACUGAAAUUAAAUUCCAUAUUUUUGAGA